CAAUUGGCAGUUACUGUCCGGUCGUAGUGUGGAGUGGUCUACCAAGGAGUCGCUGAUAUCCAGGGUUUCACUGCCACUGGAGGUUCUUUAAACAUUUAAGGACUUUUCAAGCUGCACAAGACACAAACCACUCCCAGGAUGGCCAGUGUAGUUAGAUAUGUGGUGGACACAUACACGGACAUAAUGGAGAACAAGAGUGAUCCGCGGGUGAAGGAUUGGCCGCUGAUGAGUGGUCCGUUACCCACAGUGCUCAUCUGCCUCUCAUAUGCUUUCAUUGUCAAAGUACUGGGACCCAAACUGAUGGACAAGAGGAAACCGUUCCAGUUACGGAAAACACUGAUAGUCUACAACCUUCUACAGGUCAUCCUCAGCGCCUGGCUGUUCUAUGAGUCAAUCAUGGCUGGCUGGUUCACUACAUACAGCUUCCGUUGCCAGCCUGUGGAUUACUCCAACUCUCCAAAAGCACUAAGGACGGCAGCAGGGUGUUGGUGGUACUUCUUUUCAAAGUUUACUGAGUUUUUUGACACUUUCUUUUUCGUUCUGCGCAAGAAAAAUGAACAAGUGUCCCGGCUGCAUGUUAUCCACCAUGGAGUCAUGCCUCUUAGCACCUGGUUUGGAGUCAAGUUCUCGCCCGGUGGUCACAGCACAUUCUUUGGAAUGUUGAACACGUUUGUCCACAUCGUCAUGUACUCCUACUACCUGCUGGCUGCCUUCGGACCUCAGAUGCAGAAGUACCUGUGGUGGAAGAAGUAUCUCACAGCACUGCAAAUGGUUCAGUUUGUUCUUGUGAUGGUCCAUGCGUUCCAGCUGUUGUUCAUUGACUGCAACUACCCGAAAGCCUUUGCCUGGUGGAUCGGACUGCACGCUAUCAUGUUCUACUUCCUCUUCGCUGACUUCUACAAACAGGCCUACGCUAAGAGAGACGCUAAGGCUAGGGCGGCUUUAGCUAAGAAGAACGAAGAUGCCAUGCUGAAUGGUAAAAGUAACUCAAACGGUUACACCAAUGGGUCAGUCAAAGGACAUACAAAUGGACACGCAAACGGAAUCUCUAAUGGUUUCUCCAACGGAACAGCAAACGGCAAAACUCUGUCAAAUGGAGUCAACGGAGUUUACAGUGAACCAGAGAAAGGGAUGGAGUCGAGUUACACAACUCAAGACUCUUUGAGAACAAGAGCUUUCAUCAACAAAGACCAGUCGUAAACCUCGUAGUGACAUAAGUGUACAAACAUUCAAGCCUCUCUUAGCCUAUAAUUAUUUAUUUGAGACAUACAAUUUUGUUGACUCCUAUGAUCUUAAGAGGAGACUGAAGGAGUCAAGAUGUAUAGCUUGUGUUGAAGAAUUAGUGGUUGAAAGGUAGAAGUCUUUCAUGAGAGUACAGUAGAACUCCAAUUAUCUGAACUCAAACUAUACGAAUCUCUUACAGAAAGGAUUUCUUAGAGCCACAGUAAUAAAGUAGCUAUUAAAGAUGAUCAAACAUAAUCAUUGGCUCCCUCGGUCACAGAAAAAUCUUCAUCUUUUUUACAUGAUGGGGGCAAAAUCUUGCAUAUCUCCUGUGGUCUUGUAGACGUAAUGUUAUUCACUUCUAGUCACGGAAAAUCAUAAUCGUCCUCCGUGAUUUGCUGGAAAGUUGAAUGUUUUGAUCGACAUAUUUUUGACAGACGAGUUUUACGAUCAUGAUAGUAAAAUCCAAUUUUCUACCUAUUUUUACUUUGCAAAUUUUCUGUAAUACACCCAGAGUUUCGGUAAAAAACCAAUCAUCUGAAUUUUUUACUAUCCGAAUGUGGUACAGUACCAAUUGAUUUGGAUCGUUUGAGCUCUACUGUAUAUGGAAGACAAGAUCAUACUUAGUACAAAGUGCCAUUUGUUUAUUAGAAUUAAAAAUGAUUUUGUAGUUCACCUACUGAAUUUUGCAGUGUUCUAUUGUGUUAUGACCACUUUAAAGGGUUUUACACCCCCAGGGGGAUUAUGAUGGUUAUGUUUUAACCUAAUACACAAGUUAUAUUUGCUCAAAAAAACAUGAAUAACCUGUUGAAUUUUAUUUAAUUUUUUUUGUGCAUGGAAAAUGCAUCUUUUCCCUGUUAGCAAGAAAAUCAAAACGUUUAAUCAUUGGUAUUUGCUAGAAAAUUGUUGUAAGAAGGGAUGGUCUAAAAAUGAAAGAAAUGUGAUUGUUUGAAUGGCUUCACAUCUUAUCUUACUAAUAUUAUAAAUCUGAAAGUUUGUGAGUUUGUGUGUAUGUUUGUGUGUAUGUUUGUGUGUAUGUUUGUGUGUGUGUUGCUCAAUCACGCAUAAACUACUGGACGGAUUGGGCUGAAAUUUGGCAUGAUGAUAGCUCACAUUCCCGAUUAACAUUAUAGCAUAUUCUUAUCUCAAAAACCCUUUCGGGCUCCGCCCCAGUGGCUCUGUAGUUCCCCAUGUUAAUCUUAUGAUUUUUCAUAUUUAAAAGUAAUUAAUGAAUCUUAACAGCUGUUUCAAUUAAACAAGUUGGUUCUCUUCUAUGAUGUUCAAUAGCAUAAAAGUUACAAGGAUUACCAACAGGGUGCAGCACUAUUAUUUUAUUUUUUUAUUUUAUGACAGCAGCUAAUUUCCAACGAAAAGGUGAGUGAGCGUAGCGAACGAACUUCAACCUGGAGGCGAGUUAGCGUAGCGAACGAGCUAACCUGAAGGCAAGUGAGCGCAGCGAACGAGCUCCAACCUAAAGGUGAGUGAGCGUAGCGAACGAACUUCAACCAGGACGUGAAUGAGCCAUGCGAAUAGUUAUGAAGUUAAACGGGGCGAAGCCCGCGGGUACAGCUAGUAUGUAUAUAGUUUGUAUGAUACUUUAUUUAGUAUUUUAUUUGGAGAAAAAUACAAAUCUUAUUUUUCUGUUACGAUAUAUUUACCUCUUGAAAGCAUUGCAAGAAUAAUUAAUUAACUUUUGUACAUUCUAUACAUAUUUACUUUAGAUUGUAGGGUUUUGUAAAUUAUUUACUUAAGUUUGCAGUACUGGUUGUAAGUAAGACUAAAAAAAUAAGAUUUUCUUACGACCUAAAUAGUUUAUCUAAGUCAUAAUUAAUUUUUAAUGUUAUAUCUGUUGCGUAGUAAAUCGUAUUUAGUGUGAUGAAACUGUGCCUUUGUCUAGGCAUACAAACUGAUUCAGAAAAUUAUUUAUCAACUUUUUUUUAUUAAUUUGCUAUUAGAUUAAUGAUAUUUUUUAUUGUUACAAAUUUUAAUAAUGUACUUUCCAAAGUUCCAUGUUCUUAUACUACUUAGGUAUAUUGAGUUAAUACAGAUAAGAAAGGGGUUUUUGUUGUAAAUUAAUGUCAAUGCCUUGUGUAUUAUGUACACUUAGGAUCAUUCAAAUGUUAUACAUUUCCUGUAUGAUGUUAUUAGUUUUUUAAAUAAACAACUGCAAACAAUAUCAUUUUUUAAA